AUGCACUGGUCCGCUGUUCCUGAGCUGUUCUCAGCAAGGGAAGGAGGAGUGGCUGCAUGGAAAAGCGAGCCUCUACAGACAAUGACACAGGCAGACUCCAACGUGCUCCCUCUCCAACUUCUCUGAGCGCUGUGUGGAGAGUGGAUAAGAGCAGCCGGAGCUCGGAACGCCGGGAAAACGCUGAGUCGUUCUUCACCUUUCCUCCCCCUUUCGCUGUGUGUGUGGACGAUGGAAUUUUAACCAUGUGGAAGAUAGCUGCCUGGCUUCCCUGGAUUUCGCUGACGCCCUCCCCGCUUCGCUCCGCCUGAAAGGAUGGACGCACUGGAGUCGGAGCUGACCUGCCCAAUCUGCCUGGAGCUCUUCGAGGACCCGCUGCUGCUACCCUGUGCCCACAGCCUGUGUUUCAACUGCGCCCGGCGCAUCCUGCUUUCUCACUGUGCCUCCAGCGAGCCCGUCGAGUCAAUAGGCGCCUUCCAGUGCCCGACCUGCCGCUAUGUCAUCGCCCUGAGCCCACAGCGCGGCCUGGACGGACUCAAGCGCAACGUCACCCUUCAGAACAUCAUCGACCGCGUCCAGAGGGCGUCGUCCGCCACCACGCUGCUUCUGCCCACCAGUGGGCCCAACUCGCCGAGUGACGAGGGGCGUCCUCCGCCUUCUUCUCUUGCCGCCAUGACCACCACUCCUUCCCCCGAGCUGGUGCAGUGCCAGUUCUGCGAGCAGGACCCGCCGCAGGACGCCGUGAAGACUUGUGUCACCUGCGAGGUGUCGUACUGCGAGGAGUGCUUGCGCGCCACCCACCCCAACAAGAAGCCCUUUACAGGGCAUCGGCUCAUCGAGCCCCUGCCCGACUCGCACCUCCGCGGGCUGCAGUGCCUGGAGCACGAGGAGGAGAAAGUGAACAUGUACUGCGUGACUGAUGAGCAGCUCAUUUGUUCCCUUUGCAAGCUGGUGGGCCGCCACCGCGACCAUCAAGUGGCGGCGCUGAGUGAACGAUACGAGAAACUGAAGCAAACAUUGGACUGUAACCUCAGUAGUCUGAUCAAGAGGAACAACGAGCUGGAAUCUCUGAUGGGGAAACUCAUUCAAACCUGCCAGCAUGUGGAGAUGAAUGCAUCACGGCAGGAAGGAAAGCUCAUGGAUGAGUGUGAUCUUUUGAUCAAUAUUAUCCAGGAGCGGAGACAGAUCAUCGGUGCUAAAAUCAAAGAGGGCAAGACGGUCCGACUGCGCAAACUGGCGCAACAGAUCGCUAAUUGCAAGCAGUGCAUAGAGCGCUCCUCGGCUCUUAUAACUCAGGCAGAUCAGACCCUUAAAGAGUCCGACCACGCCCGAUUCCUCCAGACCGCCAAGAGCAUCUCAGAACGGGUCUCCAUGGCAACAGCAUCCUCUCAGGUCCUGAUCCCGGAGAUUAAUCUGACAGACACUUUCGACACCUUCGCACUGGACUUUACCAGAGAGAAGAAAAUGCUGGAAAGUCUUGAUUACCUCACAGCACCUAGUCCCCCUGGCAUCCGAGAGGAGCUGUGCACCGCCUCCUACGACACCAUUACUGUGCACUGGACAUCCGAUGAUGAGUUCUCUGUGGUUUCCUAUGAGCUUCAGUAUGCCAUCUUCACUGGACAGUCCAAUAUUGUCAGUCUCUGUAACUCCGCUGAUAGCUGGAUGAUCGUCCCCAACAUCAAGCAGAACCACUACACGGUCCAUGGCCUACAGAGUGGUACCAAGUACAUCUUCAUUGUCAAAGCCAUCAACCAAGCAGGAAGUCGCAGCAGUGAGCCUGGAACACUGAAGACCAACAGUCAACCAUUCAAGCUCGACCCAAAGUCUGCUCACAGGAAGCUAAAAGUGUCACAUGACAAUCUGACAGUGGAGCGUGACGAGACAUCUUCUAAGAAAAGCCACGGUCAGGAGCGCUUCAGCAGCCAGAGCAGCUAUGGAGUCACUGGGAACGUGUACAUUGACAGCGGCCGCCACUAUUGGGAGGCCCUUAUUGGAGGAAGCACUUGGUACGCAGUGGGUAUCGCCUGCAAGACUGCACCCAAGCAUGAAUGGAUUGGGAAGAAUCCUUCCUCGUGGGUGCUCUGCCGCUGUAACAAUUCCUGGGUUGUGCGCCAUAACAGCAAGGAGAUGGCCAUCGAGCCCUCCCCCCAUUUGAGACGUGUUGGAGUGCUCUUGGACUACGAUGCCGGCUCGCUGGCUUUCUACGAUGCCGUGGGAUCUCAGCACCUUCAUACCUUCCAUGUUACCUUUACCCAGCCAGUCUGCCCAGUCUUCAACGUAUGGAACAAGUGUCUCACAGUCCUAACUGGCCUCCCCAUUCCAGACCAUCUGGAAGGCGUGGAGCUUGACUGAUACAGCAGCCAUUGGUGAAAUGAGAUGAACAGGAAAGUGGACUCAAUCUUGAGCUGCUGACAGUUGUUUUCACCAGCUCUGACUAUGUUAAGCUAUUCCAAGUUCCUCUUCCUAUGCACCCUGGACCUGGAUCUCAUGGCCACUUGUUAUUCCCCUCCUUUUCUUUAAACUGAAAUAAAUGAGAGUAUUUUUUGAGAGGAAUUCCCUGUGGACUGGUGGGAAUCAAGAAGUGCGGCGGUCAUCUCUUACGGAAGAAAUAUGUUUACUUAUGCUCUUACUGUACUAUAGAAAAAAAGCAAAUUAUUGAAGAUUAAUGUGAGCAAAUUUGAUAUUGGUUAUACUGGAGGAAUUUUGCACAGCAAUGUCUAUACUUUAUUUAUGUAAAAUGGGGUUAAGUCUAAGGGGUUUUAAGCAGUUUAAACCCUAUUUGGACGGGAUUAGUUUUACCUGAAGAGGUGGGGUUACGUAUUACUUCUCAGUGAUUGUAUUAUUUAUUGAGUUAAACAUAUAGAAGUAGUAUGUUGUAGAGGUUCCUAAUGGUGUCCUACGAUAAUCCAUCUCAUGCAGUUUAUAGAUUAUUCAUGCAGUUUCCCAUUUGCAGAUUUUGUGUUUGGGAUGUGUUGGUGUUGCUGUGGGAGUGCUGAUAGUGCAAGACCCAAAAGCAUCCCACAUGUUUUCAGAAAGAAAGAUACGUCUGAUAAUGCAGCUGGCAUAGUAUCUAUCACAUUGUCUUCAAAGCAAGCUCUUAACAUGAAAGCAGUAUGUGGAUGAGCAUUGUCCUGUUGAAAUAGCACACCAGAGUGUGCAUUCAGAAAUGGUAGGGAACCAUAUCAAUGUACAGUAUUUUUCGCAUUGGGUAAUAGGGCGCACUAUCAAUAAACGUCUAUUUUCUGAUCUAUUUUCAAACAUAAUGCAUACUGGAUUAUGAUGCAUUAUGUGUUACUAGUAAGGAACAAGGGUGUUGCCAUGUUUUCCUUCUAAUUUAGCUAAAUAAAGAUAAGCUAAGUAAAUAGAAUAGAUUAAUAAUAAUUAAUAAACUGUUUAUUUGGGUGAGUAAUGCCUCCCGACAGUGCUACACUGAGGAACCCUGAGUGUUCCGGUCAGCCAUGGCGAUAUUUGCUAGCGGUUUGUAUGACGUAGCUUGUUUUAACAUGGUAAACGCACAGGCUACAGUCCGAUAAUACUUACCUCUAAAGGGCAAAAGAGCUAGCACUUAGCGCGGUUAUUGCUAAUACUGCUCCAGCCUCUGUGCUGGAGAAACUUAAACUUCAGUGGAGUGGCUUUAGGGAUUUUUAUUCGUAGAUUAUGAGAUUUUUGGAAAAAUUCAAGGAUUUUAAGUGCGCCUUAUAGUGUGAAAAAUACAGUAAUGUUGGGCUUUCAAAAUGCCAGUAACGAAGACCAAAACGAUCUGCCAUUGUACGAUACUCCAUUCUAUGCAGCUUGAAUAUUUAUGCAGUUCCCCAUUUGCCGAUUUUACGGUAGGGAUGAAGUGUUGAUAGCGCAUCCAGUAGCAUCCAACACAUUUUCAAUUGGGAGGACAGAUCUUCUGGCGAUGUGGUUGGACAUGGCAUAGCAUCUAUCACAGCUAGGAAGUUCUGAACGUGGCAGCAGUAUGUGGACGAGCAUUGUCCUGUUGAAAUGGCGCACCAAAGUCUGCAUUGAAGGACCUCGUUGGAUUAACGUUGGGCUGUGUCUGUAAUGAAGACCAAAGGUGAUCUGGCAUUGUACGAAACUGCCCCCAACACCAUGACACCAGGCCAACAGAUUUGUUGGUCAUCUCCACCAUUUAACCACUCCCAUCAAAUGUCCUGUAGUAAAAAAUUCUAUAAAAAUCUUUACUCCACCUCCCCUAGUGACACUAAUCCUGUCCGAAUAGGGUUUAAGUAGGUCUCACAAUGUGAUGCACUUACCGUAUAUAAUUACUUAGCAGUGCAAUUUAAUGUCAUAUAUUCUGAAGCACAUAAGUUUCAGCUUCAGUCGUUUAAGUGGCAAUACUAUAUCUGUAUGAUAUGCGGAUAUUAAACACCACAUUUUACAGUAAAUCAUAAAUACAGCAGAACUUGUCAUGUGACCUAUGCUAUUAUUAUUUCUUCCAUGCUUUCACCAGACAAUUAUGACACUUAUUUUUAUGCACAUACUUUUUUUAUGUUCCUCAUUGUGUUCAUUCUACUUUAAGUCAUGUUUGUAAAACGAGUCACCAUGUUUUAGAUUUGUUAAUCUAUCUGGACUUUAAGUGAGAAAGUAUAGCACACUGUGUUGUAUGGUGUUGGAGUUUUUCGAGGAUUCUGUCGGUUGCUCUUCAAGAUGCAAAAUGAACUCACUGACUUAUAAAUCUUGGUUCUGAACUCACAAAAACCCACAAUAUGUUGUACGCAAAUGAACUGGAUUCUGUUGAGGAAAGUUUGCUGCCAUUUUCUGUUUAAAAUUCUGUGUAGUUAAGAUCAUUCACUGACCAUAACAUUGAACAUAGCUUAAAUUAAAAUGCCAUUUAAUGUCACAGUGUACGUGUCUUGCUGCACAAGAGUACAAAAGAGGUAAUGCCGUAAUCACAUGGACUGUACAAGCAGGUCUGAUCACACCUUCACUUCAUCAAGACGGCACUCUUGGCUCUUGCCUGAAAUGCUUGCUUGAUAAUCGUGUAUUAUUUAUGUUGCUCCAAUGGUUGUUGGUUGUAAAUUCAGGGGAAAAAUGUCACAGAAUUUGUAUUUUGUUUCAAUAUAAUAUGAGAUCUAAGCAUUUUUGAAGAUACAAUCAUCAAGGAUCUCGUUUACACCUGGUCACUUCAUGAGUCUCAAGUAUCAGGAUUAUAUCUAGAUAUAUUGAAGGUCAAACCACAUAAACACACCCAAUAUGCGUUUAAAACAAAUAUGUUUUACAAAUCUGAUCACUGAAACUACUUCAGAAGAUGUUCUGAGGCAAACUGGAGCCAUGGUAAAUAAUGAAUAAACAACCAAAACUAUGGCUAGGGCUGCACAAUACAUACUGUAUUUUCCACACUUUCACAUUUUUUUGCACCGGAUUAUAAGGCGCACUAUCAAUGACUAUCUAUUUUCUGGUCUAUUUUCAUACAGAAAAAAACGCACUGGAUUAUAAGGUGCAUUAUGAAACACUAGUAAGGAACAGGGGUGUCGGCAUGUUUUUAUUCUAAUUCAGCAGGCUUUGCCACUGGGUGAUGGUGGGGAGGUAACUAAGUUAAGUAAAGCAGAGCUAAGUAAAGAUUACUGUAAUUCUUAAAAUAUAAACCUUUGCUUUUUUUUGGGUAAGUAAACCACUUCUGUUUAUUUACAGUAACCUUAGAUUUCCAGAUUUCCACUAACGUUGGGAGCAGCAGCAUUAACAUUAGGGGCUAACCGCUAGCGCUAACGGGACGUAAAUGCCGCCUUACAGCGCUACAUUUAGAGACCCUGAGUGUUCAGGUAAGCCAGGGCGAUAUUAGCUAGUGGUUCAUCUUGUUUUAAACACGCAGGCUACAGUCUGAUAUACUCGCCUCUGGAUGCUGGAAGAGCUAGUGUUUAGCACGGUUAGCAGAUAAUGCUUCUUCAUCAGUGCUUUACCUCUGAAUGCUGAAAGAGCUAGCAGCUAAUGCUAAUACAGCUCCAGCCUUGGCGAAGCAGGAUUUUAAGUGCUCCUUAUAGUGCGAAAAUACAGUAGUUUCAGGAUAAUCAUGCAAUGUGCUCGUGCACAAUAGUCAGAAUGCAGCAUGUGUGAUGUCAUCAAAUUAAACCACACACAUUCUUUCCAGAAAAGGAAAGGGGAAAUCACAACUGCUCUGAUUUUUCACGACAUAUCUAGCAGAGUAGACCUGCCACGAUAACUGUUUUUAAUGGACGAUAUACUGACCCUGGAAUUAUUGCGAUAAACAAAAUUAUUGGAAUAUUUUGUAUCAUUUUAUGC